GUUUACCUGUUCUCCUUGGUUCUUUAAAACAGAGUUUUUUGUUGCGGCGACACGUUUAUUCGUUUAUUUUUUGCCACUCGUUGUCUGCUUUUCCUGACGCACCAAUUUAGCGCAUUUCCCAGCAGAGAUCACUGCGAGACCGCAGGUCGGGAGGAUGACGUUACGAGUGUACUGCUCGUUGAUGGCUGUUUUAUCAUGUCUGUCUGGAAACUUGAUCAUAACAGAUGCCACAUUCAGCUUCCCAACAAUGGUGUUCGGUUUCUGUCCGAUGAAGCUGACGGUCGUGCCGUCUCGUCGAGGAUGUUUUUUUGAUGGAGACUGCCCUGGAGGAGAAAAAUGCUGUAUAUUUGAGUCGGGGUCUGCGUGUGUGCCACCUGUUUCCAUGACCUUCCCAAAAAUUGUGGCCGGUUUCUGUCCGAUAAAGCUGACGGUCGUGCCGUCCCGUCGAGGAUGUUUUUUUGAUGGAGACUGCCCUGGAGGAGAAAAAUGCUGUAUAUUUGAGUCGGGGUCUGCGUGUGUGCCGCCUGUUUCCAUGGAUAGAAUUAUUCAGCAGUCAUUGGUGAAGCCAGGACUGUGUCCACCGCCAACCUAUGGAAGAAGAUCGUGUACCACAUCCUGUAACGGUGAUUCUGACUGUCCCAACAAUGAGAAGUGCUGCAGCAAUGGAUGUGGUCAUUACUGUACGGCUCCAUAUACAGUGAAACCAGGUCAGUGUCCCAAAACGAAGGACACUCCAGAAUGUGCUGAAAGCUGUUUCCAUGAUGGCCAGUGUCCUGACUCGCAAAAAUGUUGCCCAACCACCUGUGGCCGUGCAUGUAGUGAAGCAAAUGAUCAAGAAAGUGGUCAGGGAAGUGUUCGUGUAAGUGUUCAGGCAGGUGGCCAUGGAAGCGGUUAUGUAAGUAUUCAGACAAGUGAUCGUGGAAGUAGUUCUGGAUUUGGUUCUGGAAGUGGUUCUGGAAGUAGUUCUGGAUUUGGUUCUGGAAGUAGUUCUGGAACUGGUUCUGGAGGUAGUUCGGCUCAGGGAAGUAGUUCUGGAAGUGGAAGUAGUUAUGGAAGCAUGAGUAGUUCUGGAAGUGGUUAUGGAACUGGAAGUGCAACUAGUUCUGGAAGUGGUCAGGAUCAGGGAAGUAGUUCUGGAAGUGGAAGUAGUUAUGGAAGUGUGAGUGGCAGUAGUUCUGAAAGUGGUACUGGAAGUGGAACUAGUCAUGGAAGUGGAAGCAGUCAGGCUCAGGGAAGUGGUUCUGGAAGUGGAAGCAGUCAGGCUCUGGGAAGUGGUUCUGGAGGUGGAAGCAGUCAGGCUCAGGGAAGUGGUUCUGGAAUUGGAAUUGGUUCUGGAAGUAGUUAUAGACAUAGUUCUGGAAGUGAUCAGGGAAGUGGUCAAGCUCAGGGAAGUAGUUAUGGAAGUGGAAGCGAUCAGGGAAGUGGUUAUGGAAGUGGAAGUGAUCAGGGAAGUGGUCAUGGAAGCGGUCAACAUCAGGGAAGUAGUGAUGAAAGUGGAAGACGUUAUGGAAGUGAUCAGGGAAGUAGAUACAGAAGUGGAAAUGGUUAUGAAAGUAAAAGUUAUGGAAAUCGACAUGAUCAGGGAAGGGGUCAUGGAAGCAGUCAUCAUCGGGGAAGUAGUUAUGGAAGUGGUCAUGGAAGCGGUCAACGUCAGGGAAGCAAUCAGGGAAGUGGUUAUGGAAGCAGACAAGCUCAAGGAAGUGAUUAGGGAAAUUGGCAGGGAUGUGGUCAUUGAAAUGCAUAACCCUUACUGGAUA